GUUGAUCAGCUCGACUGCACACUCUUUCAGCCAAGUGAUGCAAACCUAAGAUACUUCCCAAGUUUCCAACAGUUGAUGAGCGAGAUCAGUACCAAUGAUAAUGUUCCCACUACAAGUGGAGUUAAUGAGGAUUAUAAUCUCAUUCCAGGGGACAUCGUGGCUGUGAAUCCUGGAACAGAAGAUGGCAUUCCAAGUGGAGACAAGUGGUGGCUCCUACAAGUUAGCAGGGGUCUUCCAUCAAGUAAAACAUCAAAUGGCUGUCAUGUUUCAGGAUUCUGGCUUGAAAUGUUACCUUCUUCUCAACAGCCAGACCAUGGUUGUGCCCUGAGACUCCAAAGAGGG